AUGACUCUUGUAAGUGCUGCCUUUCCAGAGGAAGAAGCAAUCAAGUUUCGGUCACAGCCUGUACAGACGUCACUCAAUGGAGUACUCUAUGUAAAUCAGAGAGAAUUUGCCUGCUCCCUCCCAGAUGAUGAUGCAAUCAGUGUUAUAGGGACAGAAGAUGCAACAACAUGUCAUAUACUUGUUCUCAGGAAUAAAGGUAGUGGUGCAACUUGUGUGGCCCACUGUGAUGGUAAUGGUACAGAGCAGGGCAUCAAAGACAUGCUAGCAACAGUAAUGAUGUUAAGUGAUGCCAAGUUAUCUGGAAGGUUAGAGCUGCAUAUAUUUGGUGGAUUUUGUGAUGACCGUCUCCAAUCGCAGUCAUUAACAAAAGAUAUACUUGAUGAAUUUCACAACCAACCACUUCCAAUUUCUUUGAUGACUGCUUGCAUGUCAGAUUUUAAUGAUGUAGUGAAGAAUGGAAUACAUUGGCCUGUUAUUUAUGGCAUUGGUGUUGAUUUAAAAAAUGGAACAAUAUUUCCUGCAACUUUUUCAGACAAAGGACCAGAUAUGACCCUUAGGAGUACCAAAACAUUUGUUGGUGAUAAGGAUGUAAGAAAAAUUAUAUGUAAUAUUUUAUAGUAAUGAGGUUGAUUUAUAACAUGCCUAUUAAUAGAUUCUUGUCAUUUGAUUGGUGGAUUUCACAUCACAUGACAUUGGUUAUUUACGCCAUUUCGUCACAAACUAUGAGUUCCAUGCUUGCAUUUUUGUAUCAUUUUUUUUUAUCUGUUUCACCUCUCAACCUAAUCUUUUCAUU